CAUAUAUUGCGUUCAUGACUGAGAGAAAUAAGACCCUACAAAAAUACCGUACCCGUCAACAUUGAGCUUACGAUCGGCGCGCAAACAAAAGAGCCGCUCGACUCUAGUUUCUUAAAAUUCAACAAGCUUCAGAUAUUCAGUUCAGUUGAAAGAAGGUCCAGAUUGGCGACGUUGUGGUGCAUCGGACGAUCUAAGAACACAGAUACUUCAGGUUGGAAGUUUUGAUUGUCAAAAUGAACCUCAAGAUUAUAUUGCUGCUGCAGUUAUUUGUUCUCGUGGCGACAGCGACUCGUGAGUCCAAUCCCGAAAAUCCUGAAAAUUCUGAGAACGAGGGAGAAAUUGCGGGUCAAGAGGAAAGGCAAGAAGACCAACGCGAAGAGCUCGAGGAAAACGAACUGAUCCUUCCGCAGCUUGAUCCUUCUGAUUGUCAGUUCCAAGUUAUCAAGAGCUGUAAUCAAAAGUUCAAGAGUUCGUUUGAAAGGAAGCCAGGUGGACCUGCAAGGAAUCGUAUGGAACUGUACUGCAAGGGAAUCCAGUCGUUUAUGAAGUGCUUGGAAGCUUCGACCUGCAGGGGACCGUUCGUUGACAACUAUAGAUACGUGGUUCUUCAGCAUGGUAUGAUGGACAAGAAACUGAACUUGUGCCCCAAUCACGUCUAUACGACACUCAGGACUAAGGUCCAAGCUAUCACCAUGAAACAUCUUUUCAUCGACGACAUUGGGGCGGACAGUUCUACCCAAUGCUCCGUCGAAGUUCACAAAAAGUGUGUUAAAACAUUCACAAAAAACAUGGAGACAAACUCUAACAUGUGCCAAGAUGUUCAGUCAUUCUUGAUCUGUUACAAGAAGGAAUCUCCCAAAUGCAUGACCAAGAUUACGCAACAUUUUACUCAUCUGUGCAACCAGCUUGGUGAACAGAUGCUGAAAGCGAACGAGAAGCAUAGAGGAAUGAUGUGCUGAGAUGUGAACAUCAAACAAACUGUGCAGAAGUAUAGUGUACUUAAUAUAUAGCUUGGUAUGCAAUGAAUAUAUAGCUGAAAUAUUUGAGUUAAUUAGAAGAGGAAAAGAAAAGAAAAAGAGAAGAAAAAGAAGGGAAAAAAGAGAGAAGGAUUUGUAGCAGGAAUACCAUUUUUGUCGCUUUUUGGUUCUCCCAAGAAUGAGAGAAAAUACAUGUACAGACUAAGCACUGAAUUUUGUUUGCAAUAAGCAACAACAAUAAAGAUAUAAAAAAAUUCGAAUAAUAUUAGAGCUUUAACUAGUAAACAAAUCUACGGGUAACGUGGAAAAGGGUUAGAGUGAGAGAAUGUGAGGUUGGACAUAUAUUUGUCUGAUGAUCGUGAGCUAGGAAAACGCGUUAGGGUAAUUACGUAGCCAAGUAUCAUGUAUGGAAAGAAUUACGACGUAGAAGAUGCAAAUAAAAUGUAAACAAACUGAUCAAA